UUCACCUCACAGAACACAUGCAUCUAAUCUCAAGUAACAAUAUGUCUUCGGCCCGCUUUGUCUUGCUCUCGCUUUGUUCCGCCCUCCUCCUCCAGGCCACCCACGGCGCCGACCCUCUCUUCCACUUCUGCUCCACCCCCGAGAACUUCACUGCGGACAGCCCCUACGAAUCGAACCUCAACAAGCUCACUGGCUUCCUCUAUGCCAAGACGUCUUCCUCGGGCUUUGGCCUUGGCUCCAUUGGCCAGUACCAAGACCAAGUCUACGGCCUCACAUUGUGCCGAGGCGACGCAUCGCCCACAGACUGCAAGGCCUGCAUGGCGGACGCUGGCGCCGAGAUCCGCCGCUGCUGCCCUCGCAACAAGGGUGCGAUAAUAUGGUACGACAAGUGCAUGUUCAAGUACCUCGAUGCCGACUUCUUCGGCCAGAUCGACAAUGCCAACAAGUUCUACAUGUGGAACCUGAACAACGUGAGCGACCCUAAGGCGUUCAACAGCAAAGUAAGGGGGCUGCUGACCGGGCUGUUCGAGGAGGCCUACACGGUGCCGAAGAUGUUUGCGACCGGAGAGGUGGGACUGGAGGGUAAGACGAAGCUGUACGGAUCGGUGCAAUGUACGAGGGAUCUGUCGUCGACUGAGUGCAAGGAGUGUCUGGAGGGCGCGAUCGGCGAGCUUCCCAGCUGUUGCGACGGGAAGGAAGGUGGGCGAGUGAUUGGCGGGAGCUGCAACUUUAGAUACGAGAUUUACCCUUUUGUCAAUGUUUAAGAGCCCUAGCUCAAGGACCUAAGUGUAGUUUAGUUAUUCCUAACUAGGGGGUUCCUAGCAUAUGAUACGGUAAAUAAACUGAAGGCGAGUGUGGGAAUUUACCUGAAACUCUUUUAUCAUUUGAAUGGUUUAUAUAGGUAGUUUGCAAAUAGAAAUUUAAU